CUUCCCAGCCCCUGCAGCCCGUCUGCUUUCUGUCUCUAUGGGCCGCCUGCUCUGGACGCAGCCUGACACGCUUCACUGGCCUUCCGUGCUCGUGUGUCACCUCGAGGCCCGCCCUGAGUGUGCAGGAGAGGAGAACUGGGUGGACAGCAGGACCAUCUACGUGGGACACAAGGAGCCACCUCCCGGAGCAGAGGCCUACAUUCCACAGAGAUACCCUGACAACAGGAUCGUCUCCUCCAAGUACACGUUUUGGAACUUCAUACCCAAGAACUUAUUUGAACAAUUCAGAAGAAUAGCCAACUUUUACUUUCUCAUCAUAUUUCUGGUACAGCUGAUCAUCGAUACACCCACCAGUCCCGUGACAAGUGGACUCCCGCUGUUCUUUGUCAUCACUGUCACCGCCAUCAAACAGGGCUACGAGGACUGGCUCCGUCACAAGGCCGACAAUGCUAUGAACCAGUGUCCCGUGCACUUCAUCCAGCACSGCAAGCUCGUCCGCAAGCAGAGCCGGAAGCUGAGAGUUGGGGACAUCGUUAUGGUCAAGGAGGAUGAGACCUUUCCCUGUGACUUGAUCUUCCUCUCCAGCAACCGUGGAGAUGGGACCUGCCACGUCACCACUGCCAGCUUGGAUGGGGAGUCAAGCCAUAAAACACACUACGCGGUCCAGGACACCAAGGGCUUCCACACGGAGGAGGAUGUUGAUCGUCUGCAUGCCACCAUCGAGUGUGAGCAGCCGCAGCCCGACCUGUACAAGUUCGUGGGCCGCAUCAACGUGUACAGCGAUCUGAACGACCCUGUGGUGAGGCCACUGGGAUCAGAAAACCUGCUUCUCCGAGGAGCCACGCUCAAGAACACCGAGAAGAUCUUUGGUGUGGCCAUCUACACAGGCAUGGAGACCAAGAUGGCCUUGAACUAUCAGUCGAAAUCCCAGAAGAGAUCUGCCGUGGAAAAGUCGAUGAAUGUGUUCCUCAUCGUCUACCUCUGCAUCCUGGUGAGCAAGGCGCUGGUCAACACUGUGCUCAAGUACGUGUGGCAGAGCGAGCCCUUUCGGGACGAGCCCUGGUACAACCAGAAGACCGAGUCGGAGAGGCAGCGGAACCUGUUCCUCAGGGCCUUCACGGACUUCCUGGCCUUCAUGGUGCUCUUCAACUACAUCAUCCCCGUGUCCAUGUACGUCACYGUGGAGAUGCAGAAGUUCCUUGGCUCCUACUUCAUCAGCUGGGACGAGGACAUGUUCGAUGAGGAAACAGGAGAGGGGCCUCUGGUCAACACGUCCGACUUGAAUGAGGAGCUGGGUCAGGUGGAGUACAUCUUCACGGACAAGACGGGCACACUCACAGAGAACAAYAUGGCGUUCAAGGAGUGCUGCAUCGAGGGUCAGGUCUACGUGCCCCACGUCAUCUGCAACGAGGUCCUGCCUGACUCCUCUGGCAUCGACAUGAUUGACUCUUCCCCGGGCGUCAGUGGGAGGGAGCGGGAGGAGCUCUUUUUCCGGGCCCUCUGUCUCUGCCACACUGUGCAGGUGAAAGAUGAKGACCAGGUGGAYGGCCCCAGGAAGUCGCCGGACUCAGGGAAGUCCUGCGUGUACAUAUCAUCCUCGCCUGACGAGGUGGCGCUGGUGGAAGGCAUCCAGAGGCUKGGCUUCACAUACCUGCGGCUGAAGGACAACUACAUGGAGAUUCUCAACAGGAACGAUGACAUCGAGAGGUUUGAAUUGCUGGAGAUUCUGAGUUUUGACUCUGUGAGAAGGAGAAUGAGUGUCAUCGUCAGAGCCGCCACAGGAGAAAUCUAUCUGUUUUGCAAAGGAGCGGAUUCUUCCAUAUUUCCCAGGGUGACGGAAGGCAGAGUGGACCAGAUCCGAGCCAGGGUGGAGCGCAAUGCAGUGGAGGGACUCCGCACGCUGUGUGUGGCCUACAAGAGCAUGGCCCCCGAGGAGUACGAGGCUGCCUGCAGACUGCUGCAGGCCGCCAAGGUGGCCCUCCAGGACCGGGAGAAGAAGCUCGCAGAGGCCUACGAGCAGAUCGAGAGGGACCUCAUCCUGCUUGGUGCCACGGCCGUGGARGACAGGCUCCAGGAGAAAGCAGCUGACACCAUCGAGGCGCUGCAGAAGGCGGGCAUCAAGGUCUGGGUGCUCACCGGGGACAAGAUGGAGACGGCUGCGGCCACCUGCUACGCCUGCAAGCUCUUCCGGAGGAACACGCAGCUGCUCGAGCUCACCACCAAGCGGAUYGAGGAGCAGAGUCUGCAUGACGUCCUGUUCGAGCUGAGCAAAACCGUCCUGCGCUGCAGCGGGAGCCGAUUGAGUGAUCUUCCUAACAGACUCUCAGCGGACAUGCAGGACUACGGUCUAAUCAUUGAUGGCGCGGCGCUGUCGUUAAUCAUGAAGCCCAGAGAGGACGGCAGUUCCAGCAACUACCGAGAGCUCUUCCUGGAGAUCUGCCGGAACUGCAGUGCKGUGCUCUGCUGCCGGAUGGCGCCCUUGCAGAAAGCCCAGAUUGUUAAGUUGAUCAAAUUUUCAAAAGAGCACCCCAUCACCCUGGCCAUCGGUGAUGGCGCCAAUGACGUCAGCAUGAUCCUGGAGGCCCACGUGGGCAUAGGGGUCAUUGGGAAGGAAGGCCGGCAGGCGGCGCGGAACAGCGAYUACGSGAUACCCAAGUUCAAGCACUUGAAGAAGAUGCUGCUGGUCCACGGGCAUUUCUACUACAUCAGGAUCUCUGAGCUGGUGCAGUACUUCUUCUACAAGAACGUCUGCUUCAUUUUCCCCCAGUUUCUGUACCAGUUCUUCUGUGGGUUUUCGCAACAGACCCUGUACGACACCGCGUACCUGACCCUCUACAACAUCAGCUUCACGUCCCUCCCGAUUCUGCUGUACAGCCUCAUGGAGCAGCACGUGAGCAUCGACGUGCUCAAGAGAGACCCUUCGCUGUACAGGGACAUCGCCAAGAACGCGCUGCUCCGCUGGAGGGUGUUCACCUACUGGACCUUCCUGGGGCUGUUUGAUGCGCUGGUGUUUUUCUUUGGUGCUUAUUUCAUGUUUGAAAACACAGUCGUGACCAGCGGUGGACAGAUGUUCGGGAACUGGACCUUCGGGACACUGGUAUUCACGGUCAUGGUGUUCACCGUCACGCUGAAGCUGGCUCUGGACACACACUACUGGACUUGGAUCAACCACUUUGUCAUCUGGGGGUCGCUGCUGUUCUACAUUGUCUUUUCCCUGCUCUGGGGAGGGAUCAUCUGGCCGUUCCUCAGUUAUCAGAGGAUGUACUACGUGUUCAUGCACAUGCUGUCCAGUGGGCCCGCCUGGCUGGGCAUCAUCCUGCUCAUCACCGUCAGCCUCCUCCCGGAUGUCCUCAAGAAAGUCCUGUGCAGGCAGCUGUGGCCGACAGCGACGGAAAGGACCCAGGCUAGGAACCAGUGCCUUUCUGUUGAGCAGCCCACCGUCUUUAUGCUUUCCCAGACCUCCAGCGGUCUGAGUUUCUGACCAACAGGUGACCUUCUCUGCCUUUUGCAUGCUUGGGAUCAUGGCCACAGGACGAGGGGUGAAUUUGGUGUCAAGGCCAGCCUGCACGUUAGGGAGCACGGUGACUUGCUGACCGUGAGCUGUGUCUCCCCCCAGCACCACCCGCUGGCCUCCCGGGGUCCUUCGCAGGGGCAGGGUCCACGCUUGUUAUCAGAUACAGCCACUCGGCAYCAGCCACCCAGACGCUCCUCAGACUGUCUCAGCAUGGCCCCUGGGGGAUGGACAGAAGACCUCCUCCCACACAGCUGUGGGGAAACUGAGGAAGGCAGAGGAGCGGUUUGCUCAGGG